AUGACAGGAACCCUGUCCACUAAAUUCAGUGUUAAACCCAGAACCUGUGAAAAGGAACCCUGUCCGCUAAUUCAGUUAAGCAGCACCCUGGAACAGGAAGGCUUCCGCAAUGAACUCCUGAUGGCUCUUGACAUCCCACAAGAGCGGGGCUUGAGCUCCCUGGAUUUCAGGUCUGUCGAUGGAUUAUGGAACCCGAGAAAGAGGAACGCUCAGGUGCCGCUGUGGAAUUACACUCUGCUGAGGACCCAGGUCUUUAUUGUGUACUUCAUUGCUGGUGUAAAGAAGCUCGAUGCUGAUUGGGUAUUUGGAUACUCCAUGAACCAUCUCGCACACCAUUGGCUGUUUGACCCCUUUAAACUGGUGCUUACUGAGGAACUAGUGAGUGUUCUGAUCGUACAUGGUGGAGGUCUUGUCCUGGACCUGACCGCUGGAUAUCUUCUCUUCUUUGACCUCACCCGCCCGUAUGCCAUGGUUUUUGUCACCUACUUCCAUUGCAUGAACUCCCAGCUCUUCAGCAUAGGAAUGUUCUCCUACACCAUGUUGGCGACUUCUCUGCUCUUCUGCUACACCGACUGGCCAAGGGCGAUGAUUCAGAAAUUCCCGGCUUUCCCGAGGCUCCUGCUCCCACUCGCGGACCCACCCCAGCGGAGCAGCUCGUGUGUGUAUCCCGGGGUGGAGCCUGACACGAAGGGUAGAAAGCAGGAGCACGUCCGCCACAGUGCGUUGACAUUCCGACAGCAGCUAGGGGCAAUUUUCUCAGUCCUCUACCUCGCCGAGCAGUUCUUUUUACCUUACUCGCAUUUCAUCACACAGGGAUACAAUAACUGGACAAAUGGGUUGUAUGGAUAUUCCUGGGAUAUGAUGAUUCAUAGCAGAUUCCACCAACACGUCAAGAUAACCUAUAAGGAUGGAGUAACCGGAGAGAUUGGCUACCUAAAUCCUGGUGUGUGGACACAGAGUCGGCGUUGGAAGGACCAUGCAGACAUGUUAAAGCAGUAUUCCAACUGUCUCGCAAGAGAACUGCUGAAGUACAACAUCUCUGAACCUGAGAUCUAUUUCGAUAUCUGGGUGUCUAUAAAUGAUAGGUUUCAGCAGAGGCUCUUUGACCCCCGGGUCGACAUCGUAACAGCUGAGUGGUCUCCCUUUAAAAAGACAUCCUGGCUGAUGCCCCUGUUGGUUGAUCUCUCACCCUGGAGAUCAAAGUUUGACGAAAUUGAGAAAAUGUUGGAUAAUCAAACGGAUGUGGUUUUUAUUGCAGAUUUUCCAGGCCUUCACCUGGAGAAUUUUGUGAGCGAAGAUCUGGGCAACACCAGCAUUCAGGUGCUGAAGGGGGAGGUGGCUGUGGAGAUUGUGGCUGAGAAGAAAAAUUACACCCUGAAGGAGGGCGAAAAGAUGCAGCUGCCGGCUGGUGAUUAUCACCAUGUGUACACCGUAUCAGAGGAUCCCUCAUGCUACAUGUACAUCUAUGUGAACACUACAAUGGUGCGGUUUGAAGAGAAUUACACCCGUUUUGUGGAGCUACAGGAGAAGGUCAAGAAUGGAACAGAGGCGGAGAACAUUUUGCCUGAGGUGCAGAUGGUGCUGAAUGGAAGUGCUGAGAACAUCAACAUCACCGACCCCUUGCUGGCGGCUUUUGUGCGCCGGCAGAGGAGACAGGAGGAGUACGAGAGGAGGAAGAACGCAACGAUGGCUGAGAGGUUUGUCAGAUUUGUACAGAAAAAGCACCAGACCUUCCGAAGGAGCAUCCUCAUGACUGGCUACGCAAUGCGGAACCUCCUUUACGGACGACCUCCCCUGGAGCAACUAAUGGAGGAACUUGAGUACGUAAAUAUUAAACUUUAUGAGUACGUGGAUGCUGAAUCCCAGAAGAAGGCAUGGCCCAAGACUGAGGACCAUGCUGAACUGUGAUUGGUGUACAACCACAUCAUAUAUUCAAAUCCCAAACUUCUCUGAACCCAAGUCACCGGCUUCUACGCACCAACUGGCACAACAGACCUGAACUAUUUUUUUAAAUAAAUGAAUCUUUACAA